GAAAGGAGUUUAGAAGGAAAACUACACUUGAACUGAGCAAUCCAAAAGGAAGAAGUUAUCUACUCAAGGACUAGAGAUGUCUGGAUUAUGUGAGAAACUGAGAUUAGUGGCAGCAGUUGCUCUGGCUAUCUUGGCUGUGGUGAGCUCGUCCCCGGUGUUGGGACCGGAGCCUAUCCGCUGUGCCGUGUGUUCGCAGGACAAACUGAACGACUGUCCUGCCAUCCCAGCAGACUGCAAGCAGGUGCUGAGGGAGCCUGGCUGUGGCUGCUGCAUGGCCUGCGCCCUGGAGAAAGGAGCGUCCUGUGGGGUUCACACAGCCCACUGUGGUGAGGGUCUUCGCUGCACUCCCAGGCCUGGUGAGGCCAGACCGCUCCACGCACUGACCAGAGGACAGGGGGUCUGCACUGAAAACCUGAGCCAAGGUGAAGCAGAUGGCGCUCCUGAACCAGGCUCCCUGCACUACCUGCUGGGUCUCAACCUUCCGCUUGAUCACCAAGACACCACUGAAGAGCAAGAGAGUUUCAAAGCGAAGAUCAAUGCCAUCCGCAACAAACUGGUUCAAGCGGGUCCCUGUCACAUUGAACUGCAUGCUGCUCUUGACAUGAUAGCGAGCUCUCAGCAGACACUAGGAGAGAGGUUCACUAAUUUUUACCUCCCUAACUGUGACAAGUAUGGCUUCUACAAACCCAAGCAGUGUGAGUCAUCUCUGACUGGACCGCCGGCUCGCUGCUGGUGUGUCUCUUCCUGGAAUGGGAAGAAGAUCCCAGGAUCCAGUGACUUGCUCGAUGACUCAGAGUGUCAUCAAGAAGUUAGUCACUAAAGGAUGGACACUUUUGAUCGCUCAUAAACAAACACAGACUCAUACACAAACAAAUCAAGACAAAAACAAAGGGAAAAAAAAAAAAUCUGAUGAGUUGACCUCAUUUUACGAAAACACACUCAUUCACACUAAAUCUAAUAUCCUAUUUCAGAGGUGAAAACUUCCUCUCCUUUUAUGUAUGUAUCAAGACUUAUUUAUUCAGUGCUUGUAUAUUCCAACUAACCAUUUGUCGUUUUUAGAUAUUUUAUAUGUUUGCCUAUUUUUUUGAUUGUAAAUAGGGCAACACUGUAUACAUUUGUGUUUCUGAAUAACUCCACUGCUCACAACCACAAGUCCGCAGCUCUGCCAAGCCCAUUUCAGAGUCUUCAGGAUCAGUUUUUUUUUAAAUUCAUUCAAAACUGGAGCUGCUCACUGCAAGACACAACACAGCCACUCAUUCAUUCAACAUGUUGACAUUGUCUGAAUGUAUCUCCGUUGGCGUUUCCUCAAUGGGUAUUGGGGGGGAAAUACUUAAAGGGCCACAAGUAUGUACACGGUGGCCAAGCACAAACAUAUCAAGACUCAUCCAGGCCACCAUGAGGUUUGGGACUGUUUUUUUUCUGCAUUUGUCUACCUCUACAGGUCCACAGGUUCAGCACAGGAUUGCUGAAGGCUCUCUUCAGCUACAGCUUUCUCAUAUUAAGGACUCUUUUAUUUGUCUGUUUUGACUUAUUCUAUCAUUUAUUCAGGUAUUUAUUAUGAUUCACUUGUAUAUUUAUGCUGUUUUUUUUUUUUGCUACUGAGCUCUUGUGCAGUGAACAGAAUUACUGCUGAAUGCUAUUUGCCAGGAAUGCUGCUAUUCCAUUAUUGUUUUGGGGAAACAAUGUUCCAUGUUUCUGUAAUCCUGUGGAUGUGCACCCAAUUAAAGUGUUAUCAUGAUGAA